AUGUCUGGUCGAGGCAGAGGCCGUGGACGUGGCCGGGGUGCUCCCCCCAGUGGAGCCAAACUCUUGCUAAUGCGAUCGGCACAAGAAUCAGGCCUGGGGGAUCAGAAUCUGAAAUCCUUGACGGAUAUCACCAAGCCCGCUCUCUUCCCAGAAAUGCCCUGGAAUUAUCAAGAUCAUCAAUCAACCAACGAAAGUAAACUCAAACAAUCUACCUACCUCAUCAACAAGGGUCGCGAAAUUGAUCAUCGCAUUCAAAAUUCGGCGCAUUGGAUACGACGCAGUCAAACUCAAGUGGAUGUGGUCCGCUAUCAAAGCGACAAGAAAUCUCAUCGAGGAGGCAGUAGACAACCAGUAUCAGUGGAUGUUGCCGUCUUGGAACAAAUGGGCAAGAAUUUGGCCGCCGAUGAGGCUUACACUCCAGCUGAUUUGGUACCAAAUCGCAGGAAGAAGCGAUCCUUGGAGGAUGGUGGUACAGGCGGAGACGAUGGCGACCACAAGAACAAAAAGCCAACUUUGGAAGAACUGGAACACAAGGAACGUGUUCGAAAACGAGAAGAUGCGCAACGGGCCAACAAUUUGGAAGAAGAGGGGGAAAACGAUGGCAAUUUGAGCGAUGAGGUUGCACCGGACGAUGACGAGGAAGAAGUGGAAGACUACACCAAGGAUUACUUUGCCAGUGACGAUGAAAGUGCUGGUGAUGAUGGUGAAGCUGAAGCUACUUUUUAG